AUGACCCCAAGGAAUAUGGCCUACAUAGUCUGCGUUCAGGGGAUGCUACAGCUGCUAUUAGUAAUAACGCUUCCAAUAUGAGCCGUUUUCUGAGAGGUUGUUAAAACUUCAUGGGCGCUGGAAAACAGACGAAGCGAAAGACAUGUACGUGUUAGAGACAGAAUGUAAUCGUUUAAGUGUGACGAAAUAUUUAGGUAUUUAG